AGUGAUAUUUCAAAACUUCACUUCAGUUUUAAUUUCAGUAAUCGUUUAAUAGACUUCAAGUUUACAAUUCUGGUAAAUACCUAACUGAUAUUUUCAGGUAAGUAAAUGCCCACUUGAAAAAAAUUAAAAUAUUCUGAUUUCCUUUUUUCCCUCGUUGAAACAAACAUGAAUCAUUUCUACCUUACUUGGAUGGUAUUUUUCGCACUCUUUUGCAGUAGUCAAAGUGAACCCUUGGAGCCUAUUUUAAAUGCAAAUUCUGGACAUAGAAUCCGAUGCCAUACGUAUUCUCAAGUUGAAGAAAUAAACUAUAUAUGGACGAUUCAUCAGUUCAGUCGACACGAGGCAUUCAACACUACUAAGAUUUUAUCGCCCAAGUUACAUUCGCCACAAACUGACAGAUACGAGUGGGACAUCAGGAUUAUACCUAACUACAUUCAUGAGGGAAAUAAAACGAUCGCUCUAUAUGUUUAUUUAUCCGGCGGAAGCAUAAUCCGAGAAGCAGUAGCAGACUUCAAUAUUUCAAUAAUAAAUCACAAGGAAGAAAUAUUAUUCAACCAAGCGACAUCGCACUCAUUUUCAGCCGGAAACGGUUGGGGAUGGCAUAACUACUGCAACAAAGAUGAUUUCUUCAGGCGUCAUUUACUGCAAAAUGAUACACUAACACUGUUGAUCGAAAUUAAAUGGCUUUGUCAACUUCAUAAUAACGUUUCCCACGAAUACAAAAUUCCUUCGCCGACUCCCAUACACGAAACUACCACUAUCCGACUCAACCACUCGGGCACUUUUGAAUCGCCGCAAGAAAAUUCGAAAUUCCCUGACCUUGCAUUUACAACGAAUAAUAGCAAUUUUCAAUCGAUGCUCGAAACUCUGAAACACUCUGACGUCGUCUUCACAACGAAUGGCAGAAAUUAUCCAGCUCAUAAAGCUAUUUUAGCCGCACGCAGUCCAAUUUUCGCCGCCAUGUUUCAACGUAAAGAUACGAAAAAUGGAAAAAAUAAAACGAUUCGAAUAAACGUUAAACAAAUGAAUGAAGAAGUACUCCGUGCUAUGCUACAAUAUAUUUAUACCGGAAAGUGUGAAAAUUUAGCCAAACUGGCGGAUGAAUUGUUUGUGGCUGCUUCCAAAUAUGGUUUGGACGACUUGAGAAAAAUUUGCGAGCAAAGACUUUGUGAGACUUUGUCGGCAGAGGAGGCAGAAGAUAUGUUUGUAUUUGCCAAAAAACACAAUGCCAACGAAUUGAAGUUCAAAGCUUCCCAAUUUAUAGCAAACAGAUUUGUUCAUAAGUUGAAUACAACGGGCUAGGAAGUAGGAAUUGAAUGGCUCAGAUUUCAUUACUAUUAAUUAACUAGUACGUAAGUACGUAAUUCUGUUAAUUUAUACCUCAUUUUCAAAAUGUAUUAAAUACCUAUGUAA